AUGUUACCACGGCACACAAGCAGGCUCUACGAAAACAUUUUGGAAGCCAGGGCCGACGAGCCGGUGGGCGCGGGCGCCAUCCCGCUCUGGCGCAGCACACUCCAAUUCUGGAACGACGACUGGGAGCGCGACUACCUUGGUGGAAGCCCCCUGUACAAGGGCGAUGCGGUGAUGCACUGUUUCGGAGGGCUUUCGCUCUUUUCCAUAAUGUGCAAAAAUCGCCACAACCCGACAAUCGUCAUGAUUUCGGUGCCCACCAUGGCCAACAGCGUCGCCCAGGUCUGCUGGAUCCACUUCAACAGGAGGUCUUACGAGUCCUGGCGCGGUUGGGUCGUCCCUCUUGUCAGAAUAUGGGUCGUGACGUGCAUGAGCAUCGUCGUGUGUGAGACUUCUGAUGAAUCGACGGUGAAGUCUUUGGGUGUGGCGACGUCCCUGCUGCUCACAUCCAACGUCCUCACUCUCACCCUCGUAGGCUCCUUCCUGCGCGUCAGGUUCAGGCUGCACGUUGUGCUCAUCUUCAUUUGCGCCUGCAUCGGCAGCCUUUUCGCCCCCUCGUUCUGCUCAAAAUGGGGCGACGAGUACCACAGCGACUUCCAGGCUAUUGCAUCCGGCAUCGACAGUGUAGUGGACGUCAUGAUGCUGAAUAUCGGGGAUUCGGCUCAGGCGCGUCGCGACUUGCGGAUGGGAUGUUUGUCUGUCCUGUGCUUCUGGCAGUGGACGCUGGGUUUCUUCUUGUCUGGGGCAAUUGAGUACUGCAGCGAGGCGUACUCACGGACGCUGUAUGUCAUAUCCAACCAGUGCCCCGCAGGAUAUGGGAGUGGAGACUUGUGGAAAUACUGGAGGCACGCUGUGGUGUUGUCAUUCUGGUGCAUGGUGGUGGGUUCGAUAUUGGUGUGGACUGUGCUGAAGAUGGCGGCUGAUGGCGGGCUUGAUGAGAAUCGCAAGACCUUGCCACUUCAUUCAAUGGGUUCUGAUAAUUUCUAG